GGGGGAGUUGGUUGGCAGCGAGGCCAUGAUCGCCCCAGUAGAGAAAUUUGUAUGAGGGAGAGUCAAAAUGGCACAUGGAGAUUGCUGGGAAAAUUUAUCGGUGUUCAUCAAGCCAGCAGAUUCACGCCGGCAUAAAAAGAUGAGUUUAAGAUGAAGCAUUCGAGCAGCACGACCAGUAAUUUUUACCUUGUUCUCGAUGCGUAGAUUGAUCGGCAUUUAUUUUGUAAUGUGCUGUAUUAUGCCUAAGAAUUUAAAGAGACGUUGGGAGAAAAAUCUUCUCAAAGACAUGUAGUUCUGCCAUCGCAGUAUUAGUACAUUUUCGACGUCCCUUUAUUUUGACUAUGCAAAAACGCGGCCCGUCCACCCAAAUAGCGGCCCAUCGCUCAGAUUUGGCGCAAAGAAUCUAGAUUUGAGUAGAACGCCUCUGAAUUUUUUGCAAGGCCAUAACUUUUUUUAAAAUGAGAGACACAGUAUAUUGAAGCUGAUCACACCAUAAAGAAGACAACAGAAUUUGAACUAAAUCACAUCUCGAUGGCAAAAGCUCAUGUCCGCACAAAUUCGCCGCCAUUUUCCACACCACCACGCAUAACGCCUUCUAACUGGCUUCUUUGCCAUUGCUGUGUCACUAAUUAACGCACCCUGGCAAAUCCAGAACUCAAGUAGAGUCCAGGCUCGGGAAAAGUUGACAACCGCCAUAUUAUUACGUCACGCUAUUGUUUCGCGCCUGGAACGGUUACCCAACCUCGUUCCCAGGGUCGUCUCCCUUCCAACCUCGUUCCUAGAGUCCCGUCCCACCGUCGAAGGCCAGAGAGGACCUUGGGAACGAGGCUGAUGGUUUUCUGCAACGACCAGCCCGCCAAAACGGACGGACUUCCGGCUUUUGUUCCACGCCUGAGACAAAUGAAAUAAGCCGGAAAUCCGUCUGUGUUAACGUUGUCUGUGUUCGCUGACUAUCGAACGAUAAGGUCAACUGCAACACGGAAUGAUUCCACCAGAAAUUUAGAGCAGGAAUCAGACCAGCUGAUCAAGAGGACAAUGUUCAAAUCUUUUCAUUUGGUUGUUUUGGGGUUUUUUCUCAUCUCCUUCGGUUUCUCUUUGAAAAAAGAACGUCGCAACAGGAGACUUCAAGGUUUAGCCAACUGUCUUCAGAUGGGCGUACCACAGCAAGCAAAUGUAUCAUCUUACGAUGUGCUUCGCUUCAUUAACCGCCACCAUUACUUGAUCGUACCAAAGUCGAAUCCACCGACUAGUAGGAAAACAAGAAACGUUGGUGCUUCAGCCAAGUGGAGUACUCCCAGAUGCCCAUUCACAUUUAACGUCAUCGACUACGCGGAGACAGUUCCCAGGUUUUUGACCGCUGCCAGGUGUCCAGGUUGUAACUUCCACUGUAAGCCGGUGAUGUACACACAUUACGUUCUAAUCAGGAAAUGCAAGAACUAUUGGAUGUGGACACGGAAGACCUUACCAGUCGCCUUUGUCUGGGUUGACUAAGCACUAUGCCGUCAUGUGGUGUUUCGAAGUAGCAAGAGCUUGGGGGAGGGUUGCUUCCAUACAUGGACUUUGUAGGUAUCUGCCGCGGGAUAGGGUAUAGUUUUUGAAGUUUUCAAUUCCUAAAUAGGCUAUCAUUUUUUCCCUAUUGGCAUUGUGUUACCAGUAUGAUCCUUAGAUAGGGUGGCUUUAUUAUACGGCUGAACUGGUCCCCGAUUAAAAGAAAAAUACUGAUUGGUUCCCAAAAUAUAAACAGUGUUUUGUCGAGUAGAAAUCUUUCAUCUUCAUUUUUGGAGAAUAAUUUCAGUUGAAUAUUCACAAAAGCGACGCCAGAAACGUCAAUAAAUGCUUACCUUUCGCGCGCGCGUUCACCGAGACUGGAUUGUGGAGACGCAUCAAUUUAUCAUCAGCUUAAAGUGUCAUUUUUUCGGGUUUAGGCCUUAAAAGGGCAUCAGUUUUCAUUUGCUUCAUCCUUACAUAAGGUCAGGGUUUAAGGCCCUUCUCGGUACACACUUAUAGGAAAUUUACAGGAGUACCCCUCUCCCCCCGGAACAAGAGGGAUUGUUCCGGUCCUUUUUCCUUUAACUAUAACUAAAGAAAAAGAUUUUGCUAUAAUAAAGUGUAUUAUCGUUUGUCUCACGAUGUAGUCAC